AAGGCCCCACAACAAGAAGAGUCUCCAGAGGUCAUCGCAGCCCGAAAGCGACAGGAGUUCUGGACUCGGACACGAUGGACUUUCGCCAUGUUCAUUGGAUUCCUGAUCGUGAUAGCCAGCGGCCAGAUCUACGUGAUGGCUCUCAUUAUUUGCAUCAAAGCUGGUAUGUUCAAGGAGAUCCUCGCGUUGAAAAGAAACAAAGAGAAAGACAAGCGAAUCCCUUGGUUCAGAACGCUCAAUUGGUACUUUUUCGCGGUUACAAUCUACUUUAUAUACGGGAGGAUUCUCCAAGGUCACAUACGGGUUGUGCAUCUUGAAACUCGUCUGUCGUUUCUGGUGGGAUGGUUGAGCGAUCAUCAUGCCUUCAAGUCCUUUGCUUUAUGGUGCAUUGGAUUCUGUACAUUCAUCUUAAGUCUAGAGAAAGGGACAUAUAAAUAUCAAUUCACACAGUUCGGCUGGACUCACAUUACGUUACUAAUGGUGGUUGCGACGGCAUCAUGCAUGAUCAAGAACAUGUAUGACGGCAUGAUUUGGUUCUUCGUUCCAGUGUGCCUCGUCAUUUGGAAUGACGUGUAUGCAUAUGUGUUUGGGCGAUUUUGGGGCAAAACGCCUCUGAUUAAACUUUCACCCAAGAAGACCUGGGAGGGUUUCAUUGAUUUUACAGGAUUUGCUGACACGUUGGUUAGGGCGUGCAUGCUCAUGUCAACCUUUGACUACAUGAUCUGCUCCCAAGAGGAACUGACCGUUCAACCGUUUCCUGACCUGCAUUGCAAGUAUGAUCCGGUAUUCAUCGCAUCAGUGCCUUUAUCAUCUCCUUGUAACGAUCUUGCAAUAGGCAAUGCGAUGAUGAUAAUGCCGUUUGUUUGGCACGCCAUCAACAUGGCAAUGUUCGCUUCAUUAAUUGCCCCCUUCGGCGGAUUCUUUGCAUCCGGAUUCAAGAGGGCAUUCAGGAUCAAAGAUUUUGGCGAUCUUAUUCCCGGUCAUGGUGGCAUCACUGAUAGAAUGGACUGUCAGGUUGGUUUAAGAAUGGGAAACGAGUCAGUAGAGAGGAGGGCUGGGAUUAGGAGGAAGGGUAGGCAAGAGAAGGAUGUUCAAGUGAUCUCUGUGUCCAUUGUCGCUAAAUGUUGUGAGGGCAGAUCAUCAUGUCGGUGUUUGUUACUGUUUACCGAGCGACGUUCAUUCACUCGCCGAAGCAACUCUCAGUCGCUCGAAUCCUCUCCCAGGUGGGAGAUAUCGUGA